CGCAACAGUUUUGGUUUGGUUGGCCUCCCUCCCAGUCGGGAAGUUUUCCGUUCGGGGCCUUCUAGGAGACCCGAAAUUGCGCACGAACACUUCCGAUUCGGGCAGGCUGAUUGGCUAAUCCGUUGGAGCACCAGCUGAUACGAAUUAGUUAGCCCAGGCAAUAGGAGGUCGUAUAUAAGCUGAAGUGAUUAAAUUUUCCAUCAUCAAAGUGUCAAUUGUUGCUAUCGUGUGAAGACACGUCGCGUGAGCUGAGAUAGUUUAUCGAAAAAAGUUCCCUGCAUUCAAAGUCCUGAAAGAUGGCAUUCAAAUACGUAAUCCUGGCGGUGGCCUUAAUUGGUCUUAGUUCCGCGAGUCCUGCAAGCAAACCUGCCUUCUGGAAAGGCACUCCCAUGGACGGAAUGGUCGAGGAAAUGCGCUCAAUGUGCAGUUCGGACAACGAUUCGGGAGCCUGUCUGAAGUACAAAAUUAUGAACUUCCUCGAUACCAUUUUCAAGAAGGAUAACUUCCAGCUCACCGAUGAUGUCGAGGUUCAUGGCAACGGAUACACUGGAAAUGGAGCCCGCAGCUCGGCUGGAGUCCUGGACAAUGUCGAGCAGUACCUGAAGAGCCACGAUGUCACCUUCAAGCUUCCGGUUGCUGAUGCCAAGAUCACUGUCUCGCCACGCAACAUCGACAACGAAGAGCUCAGUUUGACGGUUAGCUUCCCCAAAUCGAGUGGACGCAGCGUCGGUGAAGCUCGCAAGUCCAAGUUGAAGAAAAUUGUGAUCCCCAUCAUGGUCUUCGUUCUGCUUAAAGCCAUGACCCUGAUCCCAAUGGCUCUCGGUAUCCUCGGUCUGAAGGCCUGGAACUCCCUUCAGUUGUCCUUCUUCUCGUUCAUCGUUUCCGUUGGUCUGGCCAUCUUCCAACUCUGCAAGAAGAUUGCCGCUGACAAUCACCACCCACACAUUGCUGCCCACGGUCCUUGGGAUACCCGAUCGUUCGGAAGUGCUCAACCUGAAUUUGCCGGACAAGAUUUGGUCUACAAUGCCUAUGCUUAACUCUCAAAACCGAUUUCGGUUAUUGAGUAAGUUCAAACGCGGAUCGAGUGCGACUGUAUGUGCGUAAUUUAUUAAUUUAUUUAUCUCCAAUAGCGAAAAUGUGCUACCGCGACUACUCUUUGUGCAAUAAAAAUCGAACGAAA